GCCGGCUCGCGCUGCUAGAAGCUGCUUCCUGCUCUAGGCGACCACUCUUCUUCCUCCCGUAGUUCUCCCCGCUCCCCCGUCCAGCAACCGCCGGGAUGCAGUGGACAAGGAGCUCGCGUGCCCUGCGAAUGGCCGUGGGGCUGGCCAUCGUGGCGGUGCUGGUGCAGGGCAUCCGCAUCUGGCUGGACUCCAAGAGCUUCGUCUUCCAGCGCGAGGAGAUCGCGCAGCUGGCGCGCCAGUACGCAGGCCUUGAUCAUGAGCUGGCUUUCUCUCGCCUCAUUGUGGAGCUCCGGCGGCUGCACCCUGGCCACAUCCUGGCAGAUGAGGACCUACAGUGGAUUUUUGUGAACGCCGGCGGGUGGAUGGGCUCCAUGUGCAUCUUGCAUGCUUCACUCACCGAGUACGUGCUGCUCUUCGGCACAGCCAUCGACACUGGGGGCCACUCUGGACGAUACUGGGCUGAAAUCUCAGACACAGUCAUCUCUGGGACCUUCCGCCAGUGGAGAGAGGGGACAACCAAGAGUGAAGUUUACUACCCAGGAGACACCAUUGUUCACGGGCCUGGGGAGGCCACAGCAGUGCAGUGGGGGGCUGGCACGUGGAUGGUGGAGUACGGCCGGGGCUUCAUCCCUUCCACCUUGGGCUUUGCACUGGCCGACACAUUCUUCAGCACCCAGGACUUUCUCACACUCUUCUACACUGUCCGGGUCUAUGCCAGGGCACUGUAUCUGGAGCUCACCACCUACCUCUCCAGCCAGGGACAUUGAUCUCCCCCUCCCAUUGACACCCCUUUCCCUGCCCAGAACUGAUGAGGGUACCUGAGUCAGUGUGAGAUUGAGAUGGUCAGACUCUCAUGGACGCAGAGACAGGCCAGACCCUCAGCGGGUUUGUAUUCAGGCACACACUUAAACACAGGGAUACAGACACAGUAUAGGGGGUUUGGGUCUGCAGUGAACCUAAAUCUACUUCCUGGGCAGCAGUCUGGGGGAGUAGUGGAGGUGGUGUUCUUGAGUGCCCUAGCCCCCAGUUUGGAACUGUGAUACCUCCCACACUCACCCUCACCAGACGCCUUAUAUGUCUAGCUCCCUGUCCUGGCUAUGCAAAGGGGACCAGUGGCCUGUUCUGUACCCCCUACUUUUUCCCCCUCCCCCAAUAUCUCCUCUCCUCCUGCCUUCCAGGUAGGUGCUGCCAAUCAUGUGAUUUUCCUCCCCUUCCAUUGUGGACUCCCCCAAACCCCUUCACCUUUCUUUUCAGAGCCCUUGAGGGGUUGGGACCCCAAAGUGCUAACUAACAAAAACUUCAUCUGUCUCCCAGGCUGUGUGACUGACUGGGGGGAAGGCAGAGAAGGGGCUGAACCUUUUCAUUAAAGAGAGUUCUGACUGAAUGUUCCACAGGACGAACAUCUCCAGGGCUCUAUGUUAAAGGUAUAUCAAUGAGCAGGUCUCUCCUGGGUGCACCCCAUCCUCUUUGCGCCCAGUAUGGAGACAGAAGGGAGCUCACAGGUAGAUUAAGAACCUACAACCCACCAGGACAACCAAGGACUGAUUAAUUGAUAGACUUCAGAGUCCUAACUACAGGAUGCAUAGAAGUUCAGAGAACCCUAGAGCUCUAAGGGACCUUGAAAAUUCAGUUCAUCUGACCUCUCUUUGUCCAUGGGGAGACCAAAGCCAGAGAACUGGUGACUUGCCCAUUUUAAUAUAUAUGCACCAAACGGUUUAAGUACACACAUGGUUCAGGCUCAAAGCAGCCUAGAAAGGAUAGUUCAUUGUGAACUUGGGAAAUCAGGGUGGGGCUCCUGGAGCAUGUGGGACUGAUAGGGAAGGCUGGAGGAACUCUAGCCACCUCCCCACCCCUCCCAAAGCAUCUGGUGCCAUAUGUCCCUUCUCAGAUGUGAUUUACAGGUGGGAAAUGGAGUGGCAAAGUCCAUUUCAGAUGAUAUUAAUGCCAAACAUUUUAUCGAGUGCUUAAAGACUUGCAAAAUGCUUUCCUCAAUAUUCCUGUCAGGUAGGUAGCAUAAGUACAAAGUGUCCCAAAAAUCUUAGCGUGUUUUUAAGCUAUUGUAGUUUAAAAGCACAUGCAGAUUUUUCGGACCCCUUGUAUUAUCUCCAUUUUUCAGGUGAAACAGGUUCAGACAUGAAAUGACUUUUAUCUUUGGGCACCCAGCUAGUUAAGUAUCUACCACUUUCCUGAGGUCCCAAUCCAGGUCUUCUGACUCAGAGUCUGGUGCUGUGCUUGAAUCCUCCCACUGAGCAACAAGGCUUCUCUUUGGCUCUCCCCACCCUAUUCCUUGGGACAAUUGGGCUUCCCUCUCAAUCAUUAGGAAAUAAGGAAUCCUAGAGUUUCUCUCCCUUUGGACCUGGUCUCCCUGGGCCACCACUUCAGGAUGGUGGAGUGUAGUCUUUCCUCCAAGAUUCCUAGGGAUUCAAAGGUCUUUGGCUUCAGCUGUUAUCUGAAGGAGGGUAGUAUCAGAUGCCCCCUCAGAUCCUUCCUACUGCCCUUAACAAAGCAGCUUCUCCCCAGAAUCCCUCUGUGUUGCUGUCUGUCUCAAUAAAUAUUUCUUGAAUAUC